CUUCUCGCUCUCCUCACUCCAUUUCUCUCGCUCGCUCGCUUUUCUCACAAAAAGCUCCCCCACCCCUCAGACUAUGUAGUCCUCGGGUUUGGUGCGAGCUCGCUGACGCUGCUUUUGGAUCUUCUCAUCCUUUUGUCUCAAUUGCCAGCUUUUGUUCCUUCUCUCACGCACUUUUGCUUUUCCCUUCUCUGCAUCAUUUUUUCAUUCUUGUACAAGUCGCUUUCAACUCCCAGCUCUCCACUUGCGUGCGACAGCUUGCACACGGGCAGCGUCUGCUCGACUUCGCCCUCUACCGAAGCCCUAUAGCUAUAUCAUCUUUCCUCUUUACGUUCUUACGGAUAUUAUAUUGUCAGAUUAGAAAUCCUUAUCCUUAUCCCACCUUAUAUAACCGCCGCCUUGCACCAUGACUCCUCGUCGCUCCUCUCGUGCCCGUACCUCCCAACCCUCUCCCGUCAUUCUCCAACACACGAAUUCCUCGAGUUCUUCUGUCUCACUCACUCGUGAGCGAAGUACUCGUUCUAAUGCUAAGGUUCCGUCUCCCCAGGGGUCGUCGGGGCACCGCUCCCAGUCCAUCGAUGAGAACGACGGCUCAAAGCAUGACUUCCCGCAAACGCGGCAGCGCCAGCGUGCCCGAGGAGACGAGGAAAUAGACAAAAUUGCGGAAGUGGAGGAAGAGGAGGGAGAAGAGGAUGAAGAGGAAGAAAUAACCAGAUGUCUCUGUGGUCAACAAGAGUACCCAGGCCUGCCCCCUUCUCGUCGGGACCUCCUCGGUCGCAAUGGUGUGCAUGCCAGAGUUAAAGAUGAUCCCAUCUUGAACUUCUCGGCGGACUCGUCGGAUUUAUUGUCCGACGAUAUUGGAAGUAUGUUCAUCCAAUGUGAUCAAUGCAAAGUUUGGCAGCACGGUGGCUGUGUUGGAAUCAUGGAUGAGGCAAUGAGUCCCGAUGAAUAUUUCUGUGAAGAGUGCCGCAAGGAUCUCCACAGAAUCAAGAAUGAGUCAAAUGGACAAUACUCGUCUCAGUACCUUCCUGUUGCCCCCUCUUCCUCAGCGGCUUCCUCCCGAGAUUCAUCCCGAGACAAUUCUAAGCGGGCGAAAGACUCCAAAUCGCGAUCAAAUGAUUCAGCUGCCAAUCCCAAGCGUCGGUCGACUAUGAAUAGUCGUGAUGCCGCCUACGAUGAAGAAGAGCUAAUUCGUCGUGCGAUUGAGGAAAGCAAGGAAGAAACCAAACCAGCUUCGGAUGAGGCUGCAGCUCGGAGAGGAAAAAGAAGUCGCAGUGACAGUGAAGCUCACAAGCAGGCGACGAAGCGACAGCGCACGAGCUCACCAUCCCCCGGUGCUACUUCGAAUAAACAAAGUAACCCACCAUCCCAGCCCGCUUCAGAUGAUGACAAGGCCAAGGCCGCUACAAAUGGGACUCGAAGACAGAGAGCUGCGUCCCGGAGUCAGCGUGACAAAGAGAUAAAGGACGUUGAAGAGCCUGAGCCUGAACAGGCAGAGGCGACCAACCGUAGAAAAGGAAGGCCAGAUCGACGGAAAGGCGACGGAGCGGACUCUGAUCAUGAGGCGGUUUCUCCAACAAGAACUGUUGCGACCAACCCAGAACCACCACUGCCGAGCCCUGAUACCACAGCCCCUGCUACAGAGCCUGCACCCUCCCGUCCAUCUACACGAAAGUCUGGUCGGCCGCCCGCACGUCGUGGUGGCCGAGUUGGGCGCAAUCAAUAUACUAGAGAUCGUGAUGCGAACGGCAAUGGGGACCCAGGUUUCAUGAUGAAUUCUCCGCGGCGCGGGCAAUCCCACGAUAACGGUGGUGAUUCACCCAGGGUGGGUGGACCCAAUGGGGCAUAUCUAAAUGGCAGCGAAUCGGGGAAGCCGAGCCGACCACGAUAUAUGACCCACCGAACUACUAUGAAUGAGAUGAAGAGGCGUGUUGCCGCCAUUUUGGAGUUCAUCUCCCGAAUGCAAGUGGAAAUGGCCUCCGCUGGGGAGAACACUACACCUCCCGGACAUAGUGACCAGAUCAACGGUAUCCUCAUGAAGGCUGUGAGUGAGCAGCUUGAGAAUGCCAUGACGUCAGCGGUCAGUGAAGCAGAUUCGGGCACAGCUACCACGGAUGGUGAAUCUGGAAGCGCACCGACAGAAAAAGAUUUUAAGGACUUGAGUAGUGUUGAGAUGAUGGAUGUACUCACACGGCAUCUUCUCAAGUGGCAGCAGGAAUACGGGAAAUUUGGGGAGAGGUGACCACGUCAACCUUACUCUGGAUUCCUCUCUCCUUAUUUCUCAUGUGAACCAUUUCUUUCUGGGCAGGUAUUUCCACCAGGGAUGCUUUUGAUGCGUACGAUACCCUGUUCGUCUCUUCUCAACAUGUGGAUUUGUAUAUUACGGAUACUGGUGCAACAUUUUAAACUGGAUCGGUUGCGGCGUUGCGCGAAACUUACGGCAUUAGUACACUUCUCUGCUUAAUAUGAUUUUGCUUUGACCCUCUUGAUGAGAACCGGCGUUACAGUCACGGUGACUUUGGAUACUCUUUCUUCAUACUGAUUAUCGGCAUACGGUAUACUGAUCUUGGAUUCUUCCUUGAAGGCGUCGUGUUGCCUUGUGUCUACGACAUUCUACAUCUCUACACUUCCCAAUCCUUCCUUUCCAUUCAUGUUGACAAUAGCUUUGUGUGAUGUUUAUUUUGGAUUCAUAUCUGGCUCGGAGUCAUUCCUCGGUUCACUACAGCACGGGGUUAUUGGUGUUGGUCGGCUGCUUUCAUUUCAUCACUUGACUACCGUCCUUGGCUCUUACCGGAUGGGCUGCAUUGGAUCCAUGUUGGACAAUUCUCCUUCAUUUUGCUUUUCUUUUUAAUUUCUUCAUCGACGUUUCGAUAUUGAGAUACAGUUGUAGCUCUAUUCUUUGAGUGAAUAUAAAUACAAUAUCCUUUCUAUCUAUCGAGGGGUUUGUCCAUCAUAAAUAUAUAAUGUUCACGACAAUUGAUAUUAGAGCGGA